CGGGUGGGUUUUUUUGGGGCGGGGGAGCAUGUCCUUCAAGCGGGAGGGCGACGACCCCAGCCAGCUGCAGGUGCUCAAGAAACGGAGGGUGGCAGAGCUUCUGGCCAAUUAUAUUCCCGAGGACGAAGCCUUGUUGCUGCGCGAUGGCAGGUAUUCCUGCACCGUUUGCUUCCAAAGGCCGGUUUUUGAUACUCUGGACAUGCUCACGAUUCACCGUUCUGGAAAGAAACAUUUAGCCAGUUUGCAGAAGUUUUACGGGAAGAAACGCUCCCUCGAGAACGAAAUUCAGAAGCGUCGGCAUCAGGCGUACGUGGACGCGGAAGAAAAUGGCGCCCAGGUGGCUCAGGGACCGGCGCCAUUGCUUGCCCAAACGCGGAGGAUUACCCAGAAUGCAUUGCUGAAAACCGUGCCCUACAACAGCUGCUGCCGCCCCAAAAGGAAUGAGGCUGCUGCCGGCAGUUCAGGGGCGAGUGCCGGCUUCAGAGCAGCGGAAAUGCCAGUGAUGCCCAAACCCUCCGGUUCUGACUCGGUGGACGAAGAGAGGCAAGUUGAAGAGGAAGCGAGCCCCUCUGCCCGUUUGUCCGGCUGUGGACACGCAACAGCAGAGACUCGGGAGAAAAAGGCUGCCCGACAAAGAAAGAGGCGCACAACCCGGAAAUCGUCCGAGCCCAACGAUCCGGAGAAGAGACGCACCUUGGAGCAUUACCUGAAGCUGAAAAGUUCAGGGUGGAUUCAAGACGGGUCGGGCAAAUGGGUCAAAGAUGAGAACGUUGAGUUCGAUUCGGACGAGGAGGAGCCCCCAACGCUGCCCCCAUCCUGAUGGCGGAUGGAAAAUGCCCCCACCCCACCCCGCCGUACUUUGGAAGUGUGUGAAGAACAUCCUGGAAAUCUGGAAUGAAAGAGCACAACUCUCAGAAAAAGCACUUUUGGCCCGAACACUGUGACCUUCGUGCAUUGAAAGCAUCCUUUUUGCCA